CAAAAACCCCGAUCCGAAAUCCUAAUCCCUUCUCCCUCGAUCAGAACUCGGAACUCGAAACUCGAAACCCUAGAUCGACGAACGCACACCGGAAGCGAAAAUGUCGAUCCGAGUCUUAAACCCUAACGCCGAGGUCCUCAACAAGUCCUCGGCGUUGCACAUGAACAUCAACGCCGCCAGAGGCCUCCAAGAUGUGCUCAAGACCAACCUUGGCCCUAAAGGAACCAUCAAGAUGCUUGUUGGUGGAGCGGGGGAUAUUAAGAUAACCAAGGAUGGGAACACGCUGCUGAAGGAAAUGCAAAUACAAAAUCCGACGGCGAUUAUGAUCGCGAGGACGGCGGUGGCUCAGGACGACACGAGCGGGGAUGGGACGACGUCGACUGUGUUGUUUAUUGGGGAGUUGAUGAAGCAGUCGGAGCGGUGCAUCGGUGAAGGGAUGCAUCCGCGGGUGUUGGUAGAUGGAUUUGAUAUAGCUAAAAGGGCAACUCUGGAAUUCCUUGAGAGGUUUAAAACACCUGUUGUGAUGGGUGAUGCACCUGAUAAAGAGAUCUUGAAGAUGGUUGCAAGAACAACUCUUAGAACGAAGUUAUAUGAAACACUAGCUGACCAGUUGACAGAUAUUGUCGUUAAUGCCGUGCUCUGUAUCCGCAAGCAUGAUGAACCAAUUGAUUUGUUUAUGGUGGAGAUAAUGCACAUGCGACACAAGUUUGAUGUUGAUACAAGAUUGGUUGAAGGUCUUGUCCUUGACCAUGGUUCUCGACACCCAGAUAUGAAGCGCAGGGUGGAAAAUUGUUAUAUCUUGACAUGCAAUGUAUCUCUGGAAUACGAUAAAAGUGAAAUAAAUGCAGGGUUUUUCUAUUCCAAUGCUGAGCAGCGAGAAAAUAUGGUUGCUGCUGAAAGGCGCCAAGUUGACGAGAGAGUUCAAAAGAUUAUUGAACUUAAAAACAAGGUUUGCUCUGGCACUGACAAAAACUUCGUUGUGAUCAAUCAAAAGGGAAUUGAUCCUCCAUCAUUGGACCUUCUCGCAAGAGCAGGGAUAGUUGCUCUCCGAAGAGCGAAGAGGAGAAAUAUGGAAAGAUUAGUUCUAGCAUGUGGUGGGGAGGCUGUGAAUUCUGUUGAGGGUUUGACUGAAGAUUCUCUUGGUUGGGCUGGACUUGUCUAUGAGCAUGUCCUCGGAGAAGAAAAGUAUACCUUUGUGGAGAAUGUGAAAAACCCGCAUUCUUGCACAAUCUUAAUUAAAGGACCAAAUGAUCAUACAAUUGCUCAAAUCAAGGAUGCUGUUCGUGAUGGACUUAGAUCCGUUAAGAAUACAAUUGAAGAUGAGGCUGUGGUCCUGGGUGCAGGGGCUUUUGAGGUUGCAGCCAGACAACAUCUGAUCACCAAUGUGAAGAAAACUGUUCAAGGACGUGCACAACUUGGUGUUGAAGCCUUUGCUGAUGCGCUUCUUGUUGUGCCCAAGACUCUCGCAGAGAACUCAGGCCUCGAUACACAAGACGUCAUCAUAGCUCUCACGGGAGAGCACGAUAGGGGAAAUGUUGUGGGUUUGAACCAGCAAACAGGGGAGCCCAUUGAUCCACGCAUGGAGGGCAUCUUUGACAACUACUCAGUGAAGCGCCAAAUUAUAAACUCAGGGCCAGUUAUUGCCUCCCAAUUGCUGUUGGUGGAUGAAGUGAUCCGAGCUGGUCGCAACAUGAGGAAACCGAGUUAAAUCACUUUUUGCAGCAAAUCAAUAGUUUCGUUACCUCUCGGUUUGAUAUGGUGUGUUCUUAAUUUUGUCGUUAGGACAAAAUCUUUCCCAAUGUAUUUGCACACCUUUGAAAAUUUUAUCUAGUGCUUCAUGAAGAUGAAUUGAAAGUAUCAUGUGCUUCUUCAAUGAGAUUUGUGUUCAUCAAACCAACAGGGCCUUACUGCUCAGUAGUGCUUGUUGGCUGUGGCAUUUGAUUUUAUGAUUGUUGAACUUUUAAAUGUGAUCAUAUGGUGUCAUGUAAAAACCCUGCCAUAGGAGGAAAAAACGUUUUUGUUUUUACUACGUGGGGGCUUUAUUGAUAUAAUUUCUUUGUAAUGGGAUGAUGGUUUCAAUAUGCGAACAACGUGCUUAUUUUGUAUCCAUAUCCUUAUCUACAAAAAAUUCAGAUGCAACAACACUGA